CGUGGUUUUCCAUAAAUCAUCACCACCAACUCAUCGAUAUCUUCUACGCAUGUUUCGUCUCACGCGUCCUUUAUUGCAAGUUGCAAAGACUACGACCGGAAUUACUGGUCUUGCUGUGCACCCAAAUCCUAUUCCAACCCUUACCCAGACAUACAAAUCCACCCUCGAAGCUUUAGCUGCUUUACCAUCCACCUCCGCUUACCGACAGGGAACAGAAGCUCUGACACUGAAGAAACUCAGCAUCGUGGAUGCGGCGAAAGGAGACAUUGCAGCUAUAGAGAAGGGGCUAGAUGAAGGACAGAUUGAGGAGUCGCUGUUAAUUGCUUCGGACGAGCUUCAACUUGUUGGUAAAAUGGCUGAAUGGAAGGCGUGGGAGCCUCUAGAAGAGAAACCUGAGCCAGGUCAAUGGGAAUACUUUGGAACAACAACAUCCACAUAGUAUACCGUACUUUGUGACAGAGUAGUGGAUACAAAGCUACAGAGUGUACAUCAAUGCAGCGCGCUAUAUGGCAUUCAAUGAACAAUUUGUCUAACGAAUCCAUAAACGGGCUUGAAAAGGCUUGACUGAGAAAUUGUUGUCGAGAAUCUGUCCGGAAGGAUCGGGUGACCAAUCGGAUCACUCACAAUUAAUCCCGAAUUGCGGAGGUU